AUGGCGGGCGACUUUAACUGCGUCCAGUGCCCUCUCCUCGAUCGGUACGGCAGUUACCGAUCGCACCGAUCGGAAAGCCCUGCCCUGGACGCGGCAGUUGCGACACUGGGCUUGGCGGAUGCGAGAGAUCUUCGGGAUCAUGCGGAUGACGAGGGCACUGGCGAUCCUACUGACCAUUUCACUUACUGGAAUGGGGACCGUGCCAGUCGCAUCGAUCGUUUCUAUGUGCCUGAGGGGUGGGUAGGUCGCGUGCUGUGGAUUGAAGCGCGGGUGCCAUCAAAUCAGUCGGACCAUCAGGAGGUUGUGCUACACCUACGUGACCUGAACAAACCUCGUCCGUCAAGCCGGCAUGGGCGUGUAACAUAUCCGAUUCAUUCAUCGAACCCUGGCAGGAUCGUUGACGAACUCGUCGCGGAAAUGGACGGAAGGGCUAUAGGUCAGAGCGUUUCUACCCUCACUUGGGACGCGGAUGUCACAGAGUGUCAACAGUGCGUUCGACGCAUCCGGAAGCGGGUCAAACAGCGCAGAGCGCGAUUUCGUCGGAAGAUUCAGGGCAGAGCUCGGCGACCUCUCCUCACCCGGCCGCAAUUUAUCUCCUGCAAUAUGGAGGAAUUACGGCAGGAACAUCUGGUGCGACUGGGCCAGAAGCUCGCCAGGACGGCUGACCAGUUGCGCUAUUUUUACAAGCGGGUUGCCGACUGGGAACGCAAUCAAACAGUCACAACAAUUUCGCGCAUCCACGGCCCGCAUUUUACCCGGGAUAUGACUAACGCGGAUAAAUUUGCCUCCGAAUGGUCUACAGUCCUUGGCAAAGUUCAUUGCCAGGAGGAGAGAGUGGACUUGCCAUCAGCCAUUCGCCGUUUUGUCAAUCUACCCACAGACCGGGUCUUGUCUUCUGCCGACAACCGGGCUCUCUUGGCUGAUUUUUCGGAAGCGGAAGUCCUUGCAGCCGUUUCUGGGCUCAGUCGACAUAAGUCUGCGGGACUGGACGGGCUCAACAACGAUUUUUACAAGGAUGCGUCUGCACUUCUUGUCCCCGCCCUGGUCCAGCUCAGCAAUCAAAUUUUGGCUGGAGCUGAUCCCCCGCCUUCGUUUCUCGAAGCUUUGAUCAUACCCUUGCGUAAAAAGGGAGACUCGGCGGAUGCGAUGGAUCACAGACCGAUUUCUCUACUCCAAACCAGUUACAAGAUCUUUGCGAAAGUGCUGGCCACACGACUGCAACGCGUAUUACCAAAAGUCAUUGGUGACUCGCAGCAAGGCUUCGUACACGGACGUCAGAUGUCUAAACUAGUGUUGAUGAUGCUCGCUCAACUGGCGACAGCAACAUCGGAUACAACUACAUCCGCCGACGACAGCCGAGUGAUCCUCCUACUGGAUUUCCGCAAGGCUUAUGACACGGUCGAUCGCGAAUUCCUGUAUGAGGCUCUUCGCCAAUUUGUUUUCGCGGAAAGGUAUGUUCAGCUUAUUACUCGACUACAUACUGGUACUACGGCCGCGUUCCUUGUAAAUGGGGAACAGUCUCGUCCCAUCUCCGUCGUUUCCGGUAUCCGGCAAGGCUGUCCACUCGCCCCUUUGCUUUUUCUCGUCGUGGUGGAGAUAUUGGGCGUUGCGGUACAGCAAUCACCAGAUUUGUCUGGGCUUCCUGUCCCUGGACGACAUCCGGCAACGCACGUUUUCUCGGCGUUUGUGGAUGACUCGACGAUCUUUCUCGAGAAGGCCAGUCAGCUGGAGCCAGCGAUAGCUCUUCUCUCUCAAUUUGGGACCCUAUCAGGGCUAGUUGCCCAACCCUCCAAGAGUCAGAUCAUUUGUCUUAAUCGGGCUGUGCACGUAGCCGACAUGCGGGGCAUUCCGGUCCUUCAACAGGCGGACACGGUGCGAUACCUGGGCUAUCAAGUCGGACUGAGACCCUUACACAAUUGCAACUGGGCGCUUCGCAUCCGGAAGCUUCAACGGAGGCUAAUGACAGCUUCUAGGGUGGCGACCAGUGUGGCGAAUCGGGUGUUGAUCCUCAACUCCAUCAUUCUCCCGUCUGUUCUGUUCACGGCGGCGGUGUUCGAUAUGCCUGAGUGGGCACGACUUGCUGUCCACAACCUGUACAAACAAUUUUUAUGGGCUCAUGCAACUUCAACGGAAGCCAGCCGACACAAGAUUAACCCGGGACUACUUUUCACCCCCAAAAAGGCAGGGGGGGUUGGGUUGGCCUCUUUGGAAGUGGCUAUUAAAACGCAGCGUACCAAGCACGCUUUACAGUGGCUCACACAAGCUCAGUACAAGUAUUUUGGAGCCUGGAGUGCGUGGGAUUAUCAAGGCCGGCCGACAAAUUCGGGCCUGGUUCUCCAUUGCAGGACGCAGGCAGCUGGGGCUGCAUCGUGUGUCGGGGCACCGUCACCAAAUUCAUGGGUACCGGACGUUGACAAGCUUCUACACCCUACGGUAGAGCAAGCCACCAUACUCAGCGAGCGGGUACGAACGUACUACCACCCCGUCCUCCACGGCGCCAGUAGCUGGUGGGAGGAGGAGGAAUGGGUUCUGUCGUAUCAUCACCCUUUCCCGGCUGGGUUACCUGCACUCGAUCCUCAACAGUGUGCGCUACAUCGCUUUUGGGGGACACUAGGCUGGAGUAAUAACCCGUGGAUCCAGGACGGCAAUGGCCUUCCGUUAAAAUCCGCUACCUACGACCGGAUCGCGAUCUGCCCCAUCUCGGACCUGCACAUUCGGCGAACAGGGCCAACUGAAUUUAUUUUUCGCAUUAAGCCGGUUGGACCCCGAUCUAUUCACCACUCGCAGCCUAAACUCCGUCGGUGGGCGACGGCAAUCUUGCUGGCAUCCCCUACGUUUCCCAUUGGGGGCGAAUUAGCGCUCGAACCUGAGCUGGUUCUUCGCCAUGCACCACCUUUUCGACAUGAAUGGACCUGGGCCUCGGUGCAACAAGGUCGAGUGGUCGGGAGGCGAGAGGGGUACUUGGAAGUCGCUGACCAGCCUGUUGAACUGCAGCAGAGUGCGGAUGGAAUUCGCUGGUUUUUCACCUCUCACCUACCAGAGUUAGCUACUAAUUCGGACGAGGACAGAUCCAUUUGGGACCUACGCCUGCGUCGUCACGGCGUCGUGUUUUACUCCCAUCCCGGGCAUCAUGGCUUUCCUUGGGCCGUCGCCGAGUCGGUCGCGAAUUUAGCUAUACGAAAAGCUAUUUCACGCCUGGCGUUCACGUUUCACAAAAGACUUCUUGCAGUCGCAUUGCGACCGCUGGUGCGGCGUCUGGACGCCGUCUGUGACUUCGAUCAGUGGCAGCGGGCUGCCGCAAACCAAGACCCGGCACACGUUUGGAAGCAUGCCAAUGGCCUUUCCGACCAUCAGGUCUGGACGUGUUACCGUAUAGCCACCAAGCAACUCAACUUGUACCAUGCCGGCCGUCCGGCGGACAAUAGUUGCCGGGCGUUAUCGGCGUGUCACGGUUGCAAAGAAACGCCGGCUCACAUCUUUUGGGACUGCCCCAAGGCGCGCGCGUGCUGGGGUCAACUCAUUACCCAUUGGACAGGUGAACGGGCUGGGAGGCCGUGGGGAGAGCGUAGGUUCGUCGGGAGUGUGAAUCGUCACGCGCCGGAGAUACCGUCCAAGCAGCGUCUUCGGAUUUACCAUAUGCUCCCGGAGGACUUAGAGGCUGGUGUCGCGGUUUGGAAGCGUCUCUGGUUUAUUAUGAGCAGCAUUUGUCUGACCCACUUAUGGAAUGAGCGGAACGACGCGGUUUUUCGAGGAGUGCAGUCGACGCCUCUCCACAGCGCCGCGCGUUUUUGGGCGCUGGGAAUUCGACAUCUUACCGCAUUAGCGAAACGCGAACAUCGCGGUCCCGCCACAGCUGUCGCCGGGGCUAUCAUGCAUACCUGUAUCGACCUCUUUAUUCUCGAACCUCGGGAUGGGCCGAUACCUUUAGGUGACAGCCACGACAAGCUAUCAGUUCCGGAGCUAUUGUCCUGGCUUAGAAGUUUUCAGACAUCUUUAGCAUAA